AUGGCACUAAAUUCUUCACUUUUGCGGCCUGUCCUGGCAGCCAUAGCCAAUAAUACGGAACCUGCCUCCACGCCCGCUGCUUCCAACGAUUCGAACGCCACCCAGACUAACGCCACCAAAGCUACACCCUUUGCGAUCCCGACUGAUAUGUCUUCGCUUCUCAGUCGCAUCUACUCGAUUACUCCUCUCCGCGACUGGAUCCGAUAUGGACUGAUUGGCUUUGCGCUAGCGUCUUGUAGGCAGAUUUAUCACCGUGCAUACUCGAGCAUCGUCAGCCGGUUUUUUGUAUCCGCCACCUUCGACGGUCGUGAUAUGGUCUAUAAUUGGAUGUUACAUUGGUUUUCUCGACAUGCGGUCAUGAGGAACGUUCGAGAUUUAGACAUCAGCACCUCAAACUCCGGCUUCAGCGUCGACGAACUGGAAGGACGCAGAAAUCAUACGCCGGAUGACACCGUUUCGAGACGCAGUACCACUCAGAAGGCCAGGUGUAUGCCUUCCUACUCCGAAACUUAUUCAUUCUGGCAUAAGGGUAGGUGGAUGACCGUGUACGCCGUGAGGUAUGAAGAUAGCCUUGGAUGGGGAUGGGGAAUUUACUUUUCUCUUAAUUUAAUUCAUAGAAUACUCACUCGAAACCGCGCCGCACUUGCCGAGCUGAUCACGGAGGCACAAGAGCUCUACGAGACCUCUCGAAUGGACUCGAUUGACAUUUUCGAGGCAGGCAGCGAGUGGUUCGACAGGUGGCGGCUAGCGUGCACUCGCCCUAAACGACCCCUGGCAUCCGUCAUCUUUGACGUCGGCUUUAAAGAGGUCAUUCUCGAGGAUGCGAAGGACUUCAUGCAAAGCAAAAAAUGGUAUACUGACAGAGGAAUUCCCUUUAGGCGCGGGUAUCUCUUGCACGGACCUCCAGGGACUGGCAAGACUUCCAUCGUGCACAGUAUAGCGGGCGAAUUGAUGCUCGACAUCUAUAUUAUUUCUCUCGGUAAGAACGGGACAGACGAUAGGACGCUAAACGCCUGCAUCGCCAGUCUGCCCGAGCAGUGUAUCGCCCUAAUAGAGGAUAUCGAUGCGGCCUUCACGAGUCGUGGUCUAGAUGACAAUGAAGCAGGAGCACAGAACGGCGAUCCCGACGAUAGCGGUACAUAUGGUACUACUGACAGGAAUAAAACAGGAUCGAGGGUCACUCUAUCUGGUCUACUGAACGCUCUGGACGGUAUCGGUGCUCAAGAAGGCAGACUUCUAUUCGCCACCACUAACAGAUACGAAGUCUUGGACCCUGCCCUCAUCCGCCCUGGGCGAAUGGACCUGCAUGUCGAGUUCGGGUUUGCGAGCUGUUUUCAGGCCCGAGAGAUGUUCCUCCGAUAUUACUUUCCGGGUGAGACUGGUAAUGCUAGCAAGCACGAAACUGCUAGUGAGCACAAGGUUGACGACCUCGACUCCGCGAUCCCAUCGGAGAGAGACCCUGCUACUACUCUGGACCCUGUGGAUGGUCUCGCCGACGAUUUUGCCUCCAGGAUUCCAGAACGCGAGCUUUCUAUGGCGAGUUUGCAGGGAUAUUUGAUGCAGUACAAAGUGCGGCCUGUUCAAGCGGUUGAGAACGUCAAGGCUUGGCUGGAGAAAAAGCGGAAGAAGGCGGCAGACUCGAAGGCCCAGGAAGUCAAGAGUGCAGAUGAGGUGGCGACGACGUCCGAGCCUGUGAACGAUGGCCUGGUAUUUGAGGUCUAG